AUGUCGAAGACUGCGUUCAUGUACAUGGUGAACCAUGUCUUCCUUCCACCCAAGCUCCCCGAGGAAGAUGAUUCGGAUCCAACCAACAGUUCAGCUCUGCAAUCAACUGUCUUGAAAAUCACCGAGAAGCUUGAAGAUUUCGUCCCUUCCGCCAAACAUGGAUUAAAUGGAAAUGUCAACUACAUCAGGUUUGAAGGAGUGUUGCAAGAGCUCAGCCAGAGUGGCCCGGGUGCGGCUGUACCAGUACAUACCCAUUCCCAGAACGCGGGCGUUCUUGUCUAUAAGAGCAAGGACUCUAUCUCUAUUGAGUCUUUUGAGCUUUCUCCCCUAAACUCCGCCGUCGACUCCGCCGAUACUUCCCUGGGCCUGCACUGGCGAUGA